AUGAACAACUAUUCGCACGUACCACCCGGUUUCCGUUUCCACCCAACAGACGAAGAACUAGUUGAUUAUUAUCUCAGAAAGAAGGUCGCUUCCAGGGAGAUUGAUUUGGAUGUUAUAAAAGAAGUCGACCUAUAUAGAAUCGAGCCGUGGGAUCUUCAAGGUAGCAACCCAUAAUCUAUCAUAUUAUUGAGGAAAUUCGAACACACGAAGUUUAUACUUACAAGGCGAUGCGAGCUUGUGCCUGAUAUCUUGAUCUUCCCCGCAGAGAAGUGUCGCAUUGGAGCCGAAGAACAGAACGAAUGGUAUUUCUUUAGCCACAAAGAUAAGAAAUAUCCGACGGGCACUCGCACUAAUAGGGCAACAACAGCAGGGUUUUGGAAGGCGACUGGUAGGGACAAACCCGUACACUCGAGGAACAGUCUGAUUGGGAUGAGAAAGACGUUGGUUUUCUACCAGGGUCGAGCUCCAAACGGACAGAAGUCAGACUGGAUCAUGCAUGAGUAUCGCCUUGAAACAAAUGAAAACGCCUCUCCCCUGGUAAGUGCCUUCAUAAAUCUUGGAAUAUUAAAAGACGCUUCCCCCCUACUUCUAACUCACUUGCCAUGGCACUAGGUUUAACCCGCAUUUUUCCGCCUUUCAAGUCCUUCUUGGCCCAAACUAUUUCGGCCACAGGAGGCAUCUCACGAACCUCUCGCUUUUCUGACGAAACCUAAACCGCAAAACCUCUCGAUUCGGCAAACGCGGAAAACUAAUGCACUAUGGAGUUCAGAAACAAGGAACAGAUAAUCUUCACCAAUUCUAUGCAUUUUUUUAAUGUUGUGUAUCGGAGAAUCACUUCUACGUAUAAGUUUACUGUUUUUGCUCCAGGGGCUUGUGUGAAGCCUCAGCAGAUAUCUACCAUAAUAUGGCCUACUUGAAGGAUAAGAGGUUAUAAACGUAUAUAACGUUCCUAGGUCGUGGGUUACCUCGGACAAAGUCAAUGAAAAAAGUACACCAAGAAAGAAAUUCUGAUGGAUAUUGUUUAUCAUAUAUUCAAAACUUCAUCGAUUAUAUAUCAUGACCCGUCGUGACCUUCAUGUUUUCACGUUUACUCGGAUUAUACUGUCGAUGAUGAUCUGAAUUCUACUGCUGAAACCAGCCUCCCAAGUGAGCUAGUUCCAAUUUCCCUUAGAAGGAAGGAGUUCACGACGGUCAUCGCGUGGACGUAACAGUUCCUGAUGUUGCAGGAGGAGGGCUGGGUGGUAUGCAGGGUAUUCAAGAAACGGGUGACGCCGGCGCAGAGAACCGAAGACCACGAACAGCCUUACGGGUACGAUUCCCAACCCUCCUUCUUCCCCGAGUUUGAUCCUUCGAUGAGGAUGAGCAGCCGGCCCUCCGACGUCCCCUUCCUCCACGACAUACUGUACUCCUGCAAGCGAGAGUUAGAGAUGCGCAACCGCACACCCAGUGAACACCACGUCCACCUCCCUCAACUGGAGAGCCCAAGGCUCACAGCCGGUAUCUUUGCCACCGGAGGGAGUUCCCCCCAGAACUCUUCACCAGCUCAUGAGGCCCAAAUACAAGCUUCCGUGCAACAACAGAUGAUCUCAACGUACAACUACGGCAGUACCGCACAGCAAGCAUCAGAGCAGAUCACGGAUUGGAGGGUCCUCGACAAGUUUGUCGCUUCGCAGCUUAGUCAUGGGGAUGCUUCGGAGGGAGACCAUUAUCCUGAUGCGGACAUCAUAGUUCAAGCUCCUGAGAAGCAAGAGCCAGUGGUCGCAGAUCAUGGAUCAACGUCGAGCUCCAAUAGCCAGGCUGGUAUGUGGAGCUGA